AUGCGCACGACGACGGCGACGCGAGCGAUUCGCGCGGACGACGCGCUCGUGCGGCUCCCGCGAAAAGCCGCCCUGUGCGUGCUCGAAGGCGAGGCGAACCCGAUCGAGGAUUUCGUCACGGACGCGUUGUGGGAUGCCAUCGGUGACGCGAAGUGGACGCUACGAUUGGCGCUCGUGUUGUUGCGAGAGCGAAAGUUGGGAGCGGAGAGCGCGUUCGCGGCGUACGUGUCCCAGCUGCCGCGACGGUACGACUUGAUCGGAUCGUACAGCGAUGAGGAAGUGCGGGCGAUGCAGUAUCCACUGUCGGGAAAGAUGGCGAGAGAGCAGCGGGAUGAGAACGCGGAGGCGAUCAGAUUGGUGAGGAAACACGCCGCGACGGGUGGGGCGUUGGCGGCGACGUCGGACGAGGAAAUCGUAUGGGCGCUCGACACCGUUCGCUCGCGCGUGUUCAGCGGAAGGUUGGUGGAUAGCGAUAAACUCAGGGCGAAGCUACUCCCGCGCUCGCUCGCGGUGGGGAUGUGCUUCUUAACUUUCAUGACGGCUUCCUCAGCGGAGGGUCGAUGGUUGGCGGUUUUCGCUGUGCUAGCGCUCACAGUCUUCGACAGUACGAGCAACACCGAGCGCGAUAGCAAGACGGCGUACGUGCUCAUGCCUCUGAUCGACGCUUUCAAUCACAAGACGAUGAUCAAGACGGAGUUCGAAUUUGAUAGAGGUGCGUUUGUCUUGCGAGCGCCAAAAGACUACGAAACUGGCGAAGAAGUGCUCAUCUCGUACGGAGUGUUGAAUAACGACGAGUUGAUCACUCGCUACGGGUUCGUCGACGUCGACAACGUCGCGGACAUCUAUCGCUUCGAGGGUUUGAUGUCAUACUUGCAGGCUUCAUACGAUCCGAUGAAGCGUGCACUCGGUGCUGACCAGAAACGUCUCUCGACGCUCAAGCGAACGCAUCCGGAAUUGGAUCAAGCGUUGUGGGAGGGUAACUUUAUCUCUGACGGGAACGCCGACCCUAAAUUGUUGUGGGCACUUCGAACAGUCUUGGCCACACCCGAGGAGUACGCCGCGGCCAAGGGCGUUGACGGAUUUAAGCUUGGCGGCGGCGCGCCGGAGAGACGCGCCGCGGACGCCGUUCGUGCCGCCGUCGAAUCAAGACUCGCUGAGUAUCCGACGACGAUCGAGGAGGACGAAGAGGCGUUGAAAACGGCGAAUGGGAACGAGCGAACGGCGAUUCAGUAUAGAAUUCGCAAAAAACGCAUCCUUCGCGACGCGAGCCGAAUUUAUAAGACGUCUUGA